UCACAUUCCACACAUAUAUUCAGUCACCCUUCAACUCUUUCCCCACACAAAAUCACAACUUUCACACCAUUCUCAACCUUUUCCACUUUUACAAAAAAUCCUUUAAAAAUGGCAAGAACUAAACAAACAGCACGUAAAUCCACUGGAGGAAAGGCACCAAGGAAGCAACUGGCAACAAAAGCUGCCAGAAAAUCAGCUCCGGCAACCGGAGGAGUGAAGAAGCCCCACCGUUUCCGUCCAGGCACGGUGGCGCUUCGAGAGAUCCGAAAGUACCAGAAGAGCACUGAACUUCUGAUCCGAAAACUCCCAUUUCAGAGAUUGGUAAGAGAAAUAGCACAAGAUUUUAAGACUGAUUUGAGAUUCCAGAGCAGUGCUGUGGCGGCGCUUCAGGAAGCGGCAGAGGCGUACUUGGUGGGCUUGUUUGAAGAUACAAACUUGUGUGCUAUUCAUGCUAAGAGGGUUACCAUUAUGCCUAAGGAUAUUCAGUUGGCUAGGCGAAUUAGGGGUGAAAGGGCUUAGUGAAUUUUUGUUUGGGUUUUGGGUAAAUUUUGCUUAGUCUUUUGAAGAGGUUUUAUGGUGGAAUUAAUGUGUAGGUUGGACUUGGGAUCUGGUGUUUUAGGUUGUCUUUAAUGUAAUGAAAGAUUUGGAAAUGAAAAUCAAUAUUGUGGUAAAAA